UGUUGGAUUCCCUAGAGGGGAAAGGAGAUGGCCCCAAGGAAAAAUGAGGGACCAAAGCAGGGAGCCUCCGCUUCCUCUUCCGGGCCUUUUCUUCCAUCGUCCUUGUUUACCCCGAGCCGUUCUGGCUGCAGCACACGGCUGGCUCGCCGGAGAACGGUGCCUUGUAGAUGUGGCACGGCUCUAAGCCGGGCCGGAAGCGGUUCCCAGCCGGUACCCGUAGGGCCAGGCGUGCAGCGGGCGGUGGCUGUGGCGCGGGCGGCGGCGCUGCGUGGCUCCGGAGGACCGGCGCGGAUCUGCAGCGGCUCGCUGAGGCCGUGGGUCGUCGCUGCAGCUCUCAGGACUCUUGGGGCGAACUUGCCAGACAGAGAGGAGCGGAAGGGAAGGGGUGUGUAA